GGGGAAAUCCGUCCGGAGUGAUUGUUCCCCGGUCUUUUUUCAUCCUCACGCUUUUGUCACCAUGGCUAAGGCACGUACCAAGAAGCGCACUCAUCUGCGCGCGCAAAAUGCCACGGCUGCUGCCAAAGGCGGCGCCGCAUCUAUGAGCAAGACUCCCAAGUCGAUGGUUAUCCGGGUUGGCGCUUCACAGGUUGGUUCCAGUGUGAGCCAGUUGGUCAAGGAUGUGCGGACCAUGUUGGAGCCGGACACGGCUGUGAGACUGAAGGAACGCAAAUCCAACAGAUUGAGGGAUUACACAACUAUGACUGGUCCCCUUGGAGUUACACAUCUUCUUCUCUUCUCGAAGUCGGCGACAGGAAACACGAAUUUGCGCCUCGCGCUUACGCCUCGGGGUCCGACAUUGCACUUCCAGGUGGAAAACUACUCUCUAUGCCGAGAUGUCGAGAAAGCAUUGAAGCGUCCGAGAGGUGGUGGCCAGGACCACAAGACGCCUCCCUUGUUGGUCAUGAACAAUUUCAAUUCUCCCAACGCCACCGAGGACUCCAAGGUGCCCAAGCGUCUGGAGAGUCUCACGACGACCAUCUUCCAAUCCCUCUUCCCGCCGAUCAACCCCCAAGCCACCCCCCUCUCCUCUAUCCGCCGUGUAAUGCUCUUGAACCGUGAACUCGCUCCCGAAGGCGAGGAAGAAGACUCGUAUAUCCUGAACCUCCGUCAUUACGCCAUCACCACGAAGAAGACGGGUGUCUCGAAACGCAUUCGCCGUCUUGAUCCGAAGGAAAUCCGGACCCGGGAGAAGAAGGGCGCCGCUGUGCCCAACCUGGGCAAGCUGGAGGAUGCGGCGGAUUACUUGCUGGACCCGUCUGCUGCCGGAUAUACCUCUGCCAGUGAAACGGAGAUGGACACGGAUGCAGAGGUCGAGGUGGCGGAGAGCACCACGAGAAAGGUCCUGUCGAAGCGUGAAAUGCAGCGCAUGAAGGCUGGCGAGAAGGAGAAAGCACAGAAGAAGUUGAGCAACGCUCCGGAGGUCGAGAAGCGGGCGGUCAAGCUGGUUGAGUUGGGCCCUCGUCUGAAGCUCCGCCUGCUCAAGGUUGAAGAAGGCCUCUGCGAAGGCCGGGUGAUGUGGCACGAUUUCAUCAAGAAGUCCGAGGAUGAUGUCAAGAAACUGGACAAGAACUGGGACCAGAAGAAGAAGGAGAAGGAGCAGAGAAAGAAGCAACAGAAAGAGAACAUUGAGAAGAAGAAGCAAGCCAAGGCCCAAGCCAAGGCCGAAGGGAAGGAGGUGGAGGAAGACGAUGACGAGGAAGAUGUUGAUAUGGACGAUGAUGAGUGGCUCAGUGAUGAUUUUGAUGACGAUGAGAAUGUGGAGCAGGAAGAUGAAGACGAAGAAGAGAGCGAGGAUGAGGAUGAAGACGAGGACGAGGACGAGGACGAAAUGGAGGAGUAAACGGGCACAAUUCAUCACCUUGAACCGGAUUCCCAGUGUCAAGCAGUAGCCCAGCUGCUACAUCAACAUGCCACUACACUACUUGCUUCUGCCAUCAAGCCGUCGAGCGGGGCUAAUGCGCAUGAAGCUGCAAUGGUGAAGUCUAGUUAUAAUCAUCGUGAUGAUCCGUGCGAUGGCGAACAUGACUCCUUUCUGCACAUUAGCAUUGGAGGCCGGACGGCCAUGGACAACGAGGACUGAGUUAUUCCGCAGACUGGAUGAGAACGUCGCGAGUCAUGACCGGAAGUCACUCGAGGCGUUCACCAGACCAGUCAUGACCGUUAGGAGUACCAAAAUAUACCCAAAUCCUGCCUACACAGAACCAUAGAACCUUAUUCAUCCACACAACAACAUG